AUGACUUGCAUUCCAAAGGAUUCUCAAUGUCAAACAACAUGUCGACCAGGCAAGAAAGGCCCUGAAGGUGCAAAAGGUGAUAUCGGAUCACCAGGACAAAAUGGCGCCACGGGACGUCAGGGAGCUAAAGGGGAAAGUGGAACAUCAUGUGAUUGUUCAGGAUAUGAUGAGUUGGCACACAAAGUUCAAAUCCUCGAAAAAGCUCGAGAAUUUCAACUGCUUGAAUAUGGUUGGUAUCGUGUUCACAGUUACCCAUAUUGGUACAAAUUGUUCGAAGUAUCCUCAGACUAUCAAACAGCCAGAAAAAACUGCGAACGCAUUGGAGGCCGAUUAGCAGCAAAGGGUAUACGCAACCCAACUAUUCGUAGCGAUCUUCUCGACACGUUUAUCAGAAGAACAGGAACUUCGAUCUGGAUAGGACUUGACGACCUUGAGAACCAAAACAACUGGAAAUGGUCGGACGGAGUUUCAUCUACUUCUUCUAAUACACCGUGGAGUGGAGGAGAACCAAAUGGUCCAAAUGAAAGAUGUGCUUGCAUGUACAAUGCUCUACAAUAUGAGCUGAUAGAUACCUUUUGUUACAUAAAAAGAUUCUACCUUUGUGAAAAGUAAUUUUUCUUUCUUACUUUCAAAGAACUGCAACA